AUGUCGAAAAAAGCGAAAGUCCAGAAGGAGAUAGAAGAAGCUUUUGGUCCCACGCAAUCGAUCAGCUAUCAAUAUCGGAUGAAAACUCCCUACACAUUUGCAACGAUUCAUGAGGCCAUGCGUUUCAAGUGUGUUUUAUUAGCUGGGAAUCCUAGAGUAUGUCUGAAGGAUAUAAACAUUCUGGGUUCUCAUAUCCCUAAGGACACCACUGUUGUUCCAGAUGUACAGUCAGUUUGUUUUGAUCCCAAGCUAUGGGAGACCCCUCAAAAGUUCAACCCAAAUCAUUUUUUGGACAAGAAUGGACAAUUUGUGGAUAGAGAAGAACUUUUGCUCUUUGGUGCAGGAGCCCGUGCAUGUGUGGGGAAAGAGUUGGCGAAGAUGGAGCUCUUCAUCUUCUUAACCAAUCUGUUGAGAACAUUCAACUUCAGGCUUCCAGAAGGAGUGGAGGAAGUCAGCACAAAGCCUGUAUUAGGAUUGACAAUGACUCCACAACAUUAUAAAUGUUGGAAAGGCUGUGGGAAGAUUGGAACAUUCUCUCACUGUUAGUGGGAAUGCCAACAUGUCGUUAAUUUUUGGA